UUGUGACGUCACGUCAUUCCAUGAUGGCCGAAGAUCCUGGGGGAGCAUUUUUCAAUUUCUCUAUCAUUUUUCUUUCUUUCUCUCUACCUCGGCUUGCCAUAGAGCCAUGGCAGGACUCGCACCCCCGCUAAGCGUUCGCAGAUCAUUGGUUUCGACAUGCCCAAGAAAGGGAACCGAAAACGGCUGAAAUUUAAGGCUGGGGACAUUUGUUCGGAGUCAGUGACCGUCGCUGAUUUUGCCGACGCCGACCCAGCCGUAGUGAAGUCGGGGAGGGUCAAAAAGGCUGUCGCGAAUGCAGUUGCUAAAGAAGUGAAAUGGCUGUGCGGCCUGGAAGCCUCUCAGGGCGCCGUGGAGGAAGUGCUCUCGUCCGCAGCGAGCGUCACAGCAGACGCUCUGGACAGCAGCGAUGACCUGGACCCGGAAGAAGAUGGAGAAAAUGAAACUAAAGUGGCGCGCAAGAAGAAAACUGACAGGAGAAGGGAGAGCAGCGAGAGCAGCGAUGGGGAAGAGUAUCCGGUGGAUAUUUGGUUAAUGCUCUCCUCCUAUAUUCGGCCCGAGGACGUGUGCAGAUUUGCACUGAUCUGUAGAAAUGCCUGGACGGUCACUUGUACUGCAGCGUUUUGGUUCAGGCUUUACAGAAGACACUAUAGGAUCGACGUUGACCUGCCAUUCCGUCUCCAGCCAGACUCUAUUGGCAUGAUGCUCUGUCUACGGGCCCGUGUCAUUCGCUCGCUUUUCCAUUUGUAUGAGCCGUUCAGCUUGCGUAUCUCCAAAAUUCCUGCCCUGCCAGAAUCCACACCCACAACCCUGCUCAACUCCAAGUGUUUACUUUUCUGGGUCCAAAGAGUGUCUGGGACUCGACCAGAGGUAUUGUGGGAGUUCAGCUUCAAGUUUGCAAAGCAGCAGGGACACAGUAAGAAUGGUUGUGCCAAGUCCUUGCACUUACCCAGACAAUAUGAAGAUGUUCACACGAACCAGGACUCUGACUGCUAUGUGCUUCAGGUCACCACACUCAACUUUAUCUUCACCCCUGUGGUCAUGGGCAUGACACUGACCCUGUUCACAAUCAACGUCAGCACAGACAUGCGGCACCACCGUGUUCGCCUGCUGUUCCAGGACUCACCGCUCCGCCGGGGGAAGAAGAGGGGGGACCAGUGCGGUACCCAGGUGGUGUUGGAUCCAGUUCACAGUGUGCGGCUCAUGGACUGGUGGCAUCCGCAGUACCCCUACGUAUCCUGCACGUAGGAGUUCUGCCCCCUCGCUUCCUGCUGCAAGAACCCUGCUGUUAAUUUCAUCCCUAUCACCAAAAAGAAAAAUACUAUUUGAUGAUUCUGCAAAAAGUCUGGAUCAUUACAAAGUUUUUGCACAUUCACAUUUCUGUUGUCAUUGUUGGAUUUUAAAGAAAGCCAACACUGACUGGCCUAAGAGGGGAUGCAAAUACCAUCUCCUAGUGUGAAACAAGUUACAUGCCCAUCCUCCACCCUGAUCCCCACACUACUUGGAGUGUUACUUAGUUCUUCCUGCAUUGACAUUGGGCUUACGUUGUUCACUGCAGAAUCGUCCAAUACGAACAUUUCAUUUUCAUAUUCCUCGGGCAGUGCUUGUUGUCUGUUUGAACAAAUAUGCUAAUAUUUCAACUCUCCUUAGCUCCAGCAGCUCCAAAAUCAGUCUGAAAACACGGAGAAGUAGGGCUGGGCAACAUGGAAGAGAAAUAAAUGUCAUGAACAGAAAAUCCUUAUCUAAAGUCAGUACUUGAUCUAUGUUAAUAUAUGAAAACCCCAUCAGGAUAUUACAAAGUCACAAUGAAACUGUGGCUUUCCCUUGAGAUUGUUUCCCUGAGAAAUGUACGCAAUCAUUUUUGCAUGUUUUGCAUAGUGUUUCACAAUAUUUCUGCAAAUUUAGUAGAUAAACACAUUGCCCAGCCCUACACAUGUGGCAGAGAUGAAUGUGUAUUUGAUACUGCAAAACCAGUCCACAAUUCUCCUACUAAUAGACAUGGUUUUAUGUUGAACCUACAUGUGAGACACAUUUUCUAGGGGAGUUUUUAAAACUCUUGUAUGAACAGGGUAGAGCGUUUGUACUGCCCUCCCAGUGUUUCAGGCUCACUUGAAUGUUACUCGGAAAUCAGAUUUUUGCAUUGGUUAGAAUUUUGACAAUGUUGCACCAACAUUCAAAUUACUCUCUUAAAAACCAUACUUUUUUUGGGAUGUAUUUGAUUAAAUGCAGCCUCUUUUAGCAUCACGUGAAUAAUAAUGAUACUGCGGUACACUGAAGGCACCAAGGAGAUGAUUUGCGUCAGCCGUCACCCACUCACCUGAUGAUUUGGGUAGUGUUUCUUUUAAGUGAUUGAUGGCUAAAAAUAUCUUGAUUGUCACCUUGCUGAUUAUGUCGGCCACUGGUAUUCACCUCUGGAAAAUCAGUCUCAACUCUGAAUGACUCAGUGUAUUUAAAGCAUUUCAAUUGUGAGUGGAAUCACACCGAUCACAUGCUCGGUUCAGUGCUAUGGUCGGAAAUAGAGCUACCACUAACAAUCCAACUUAAAAUGAGUUCAACUGUGUCUGUCCAACAGACACAGUUGAACUCAUUUUAAGUUGGAUUGUUUUGCACAUUUACACGUUUGUUAAAAAUUGGUAGGACCCCAUAGCAGAGACAGUUGUUUGUUAUGGUUUGAUGCCGUCAAAUGUUUGAGUGGGUGGUCUGGUUUUAUCAGAUGAGAUUCCCACUGGUAAACAAACUUAUUGCACUGAAAUAAAAAAUGAAACUGCCCAUGA